AUGUGCCCGUCCAAGCGAAAAGCAGAAGACGCUACAGUUGCUCCCAACCCUGAUCAGAAGAAGGUCCGCUCUGCCCAAUCUGCCUCGAACCAAUAUAAAGACUCAACAAAUGAGAUCAAGUAUGGCAUCGUCCUCCGCAAGUAUUAUCCUCCCGAGAUGACCAACGAACGAGCCGCGGCAUACAGUGCUGGAAACAUCGAACGACCUAUAGAGACUUUGGAGAAAGCCAUCAAAGUCACACAGGCAGAUCGAGACCGCAUACAGCCGGGAAAGUGUGUGGUGCAUUGGUUCAAAUGCGACGCACGUAUAACAGACAACAAGGGGCUGCGUCUAGCGAGCAACACUGCCAAGAAGCACAACGUGCCCCUUAUUUGCCUUUAUUUGAUAUCGCCUCAGGACUUCGAAGCUCAUCUGACGGCCCCUGUGCGUGUUGAUUUUAUUCUCCGCAACCUGCACGUGCUGAAAGGGGAUCUGGGUGAUCUGGACAUACCAUUGUACGUUGAAACGGUUGAGAAGAGGAGGAAUAUUCCAUCCAAACUCGUCGAGUUAUGCACGACGUGGGGCGCUCGCCAUUUGUUCUGCAACGCCGAAUACGAAGUAGACGAACUCAGGAGAGAAGCAGCCCUGACAAAGUCUUGCUUGGAGACGGGGAUAUCGUUCAACGUUGUCCAUGACACUUGUGUUGUCGAACCUGGCAAGUUGAAGAGCGGUUCUGGUGGUCCAAUUUCAGUCUACAGUCCCUGGCGAAAAAAGUGGUGCGCCUACCUCAAUCAAAACCCCAACGAGCUGGACAGUAUCCCCCCGCCAGAUAAGAAUGCUCGGAUUGUUAGAGAUAAGUACCCGGAACUAUUCGACACGGAGAUACCAGCGGCGCCCGCAUCGAAACAGCUGACCGAAGACGAAAGGAAGAGGUUUCACAGUAUGUGGCCUGCAGGAGAGCAUGAAGCCCAAGAUCGGCUGCACAAAUUCGUGCUGGAGAGAAUAGCCACGUAUCAUGAUAGUCGGAAUUUUCCCGGGGCCAAUGGGACAUCUGUUCUUAGCCCACAUCUUGCGGCCGGCACAAUCUCUGCACGGACUCUUGUUAGAGAAGCUCGUGAAGCUACCCCAGUGAAGAAAUUGAACGAUGAUCGGAAACAAGGACAUUCGAUGUGGAUCGCCGAGGUCGCGUGGAGGGACUUCUAUAAACAUGUUCUAUGCUACUGGCCGUAUAUUUGCAUGAAUAAACCAUUCAAGACCGAAUACAGCAAUGUUGAGUGGCAAUACGACUUGGACCAGUUCACCAAAUGGACAGAGGGAAAGACAGGUUUCCCGAUUGUCGAUGCUGCAAUGCGUCAAGCAGCAUAUACAGGAUACAUGCCUAAUCGUUGUCGAAUGAUCGUGGCGUCCUUUUUGGCUAAAGACCUUUUGAUUGACUGGCGCAUGGGCGAGAAGUGGUUCAUGCUGCAUCUCAUCGACGGUGACUUUGCAUCGAACAACGGCGGGUGGGGUUUCAGCGCCAGUAGCGGUGUUGACCCGCAGCCGUAUUUUCACAUUUUCAACCCCUUGCUUCAAAGCGAAAAGUUUGAUGCGAAAGGAGACUAUAUUCGCAAAUGGGUGCCCGAGCUUGCGGAGAUCAAAGAUAACAGAGGAAUCCAUGAUCCUUAUAAUCGCGGCCAUGGAAAAUUGGCUGAAAGGAACGGAUAUCCAAGGCCGAUUGUCGACCACAAAGAGGCGCGAGACAGGGCCCUUGCGCGAUAUGAAGCGGGCAUCGGAAGGAAAUAA